CAACAAGACCUCGUCUCAGCAGCAGAAGAAAUCCAGAAGUAAAGCUCGUAGGCAAAAGAGACAAUUGGAGCAAUUGGAAGAAAUGCUCAAGGAAAAGACGUUGGUUUUAGAAGCGACAGAAAAAGCACUGUUCCAGGCCCAGAGGCAGGCAAAGGAAUGCCGUGCUUCACACCUUGCAAAAGGUGAACCGAGAAAAGAAAGUGCAGAGAAGGAAGUUCUGCAGGAACAAGUGGCCCAGCUCCAACGUGAAAACCUUUCACUCCGUCAGCGGCUGGAUGAUGCGCUCAAGACCAGCCAGGCAAGAGCGAGAACAGCCAGACAGCUGCAACAAGAACUUACCGAGGCUGUCGGAAAGCAGCAGAUUGCAGAAGCAUCCCUGAAAACUUCUGCCGACUUAUGCGACUCGCUGAAGAACAAAAUCUCCAAAUUGCAAGAGGAUUUGGACAAGGCUAAUGCCACGGUGUGUGACCUUUCUGCACAGCUAAAGGUGGAACACUCAGAGUUGCUGCUGCAAAAAAGGGCAAAUGAGGAGCUGCGGAUGGAGGAGGCUGUUCUCAAGCAGCGUGUAGAGGCUGCAGUGGCAGAUUAUAAAACAUCAGUGCAGAUUGGAAAGAAGCGUGAAGAAGAAAUGCAAGAGAAACUUGCUGAUAGUUUCAGAAAGCAGUCAAUGUCAGAAAAUUCUCGGAAGCUUUCUGAAGAUUACUGCCGUCACCUGAAGAACGACAUCUCGAAGCUGGAGGAAGACAUGGACAAGGCUAAUGUCAAGGUGCUUGAACUCUCCAUACAGCUGGAGAUGGAACGGCAAAAGUCACUGGAGCUAGAAAUGGCAAAUCGAGCGCUGCAAGACCUGGUUCACCAAUAUCGCCCACAGGCCACUGCAGUGGGCUGUAGCCCAUUCUCACAGAAUAGAAGGUGGCACGAAGGAGGAGCCCCAAAAGAAAUGGGGCAGAAGCCAGAGCCCAGCCGCUUUGUUCCGGCAGCCUCUCAAAGCAGGCUAGAGGAGAUCAACGCCGCAGAAGCAAUGUUUAGAAAGCAGCAGAGGCAGAGAAUUGCAGCUCUGACAUCAGAAAUGGAGAGAGCCCAAAGCAUGCAUCAGGAGAGCUUGCGGCAAAUAGCACACUGGCAAGCAGGGCUAGACGUGUCAGAAAAACUGUUCCUGGUGGGUGAGGACAUUAGAAGAAGCCUUGCAAAUAAGUACGAUGAUCACUGGUGAACGUGAAGUCCGGCCUGCUGGGACCUCUCCUCAGAAUGCUCAAGAAGGACCUUCCACAAAAAUUAAUCAAGUCCGGGAUGCUGCGUUCAGGGCAACACAGUCAUACAACAGUGCUUUGAGCUAAACUUUUGAAGCUGAAAUAAAUACAUCCGACAGUU